AAUGCAUCCUCCUUCCUGCCCCGACCCCGACCCCAGCACCGGCACCAGCAGGAGCUGCGCAGGCACCCCCAUGGAGAAAAUGAAGACGCCUAGAUCAUCAGCGCCAAGCUGCUUUGGUUUUCCAAUCAGCAUCUUCUUCAUUGUCAUUAAUGAGUUCUGUGAAAGAUUCUCCUACUAUGGAAUGCGAGCUGUGCUCGUUUUGUACUUCAAAUUUUUUCUCCAUUGGGAUGACAACCUGUCUACAGUCAUCUACCACACAUUUGUUGCUCUGUGCUAUUUGACACCAAUCCUUGGAGCAAUUGUUGCCGACUCCUGGCUGGGGAAGUUCAAGACCAUUGUCUCCCUGUCCAUUGUUUAUACCAUUGGGCAGGUAGUUAUGGCUAUAGGCUCCAUAAAUGAUUUGACAGAUCAUAACCGGGAUGGAACUCCUGAUGUCCUCUCAGUGCACAUUGCUCUCUCUGUGGUCGGCCUGAUCCUGAUUGCUUUUGGUACUGGUGGAAUCAAGCCCUGUGUAGCAGCAUUUGGUGGAGAUCAGUUUGAAGAUGAUCAGGAAAAGCAAAGAAGCAUGUUCUUCUCUAUAUUUUAUUUGUCCAUUAAUGCUGGAAGUCUCAUAUCUACUAUAGUCACCCCAAUUCUCAGAGGUGAAGAAUGUGGAAUUCAUACCAAGCAACGGUGUUACCCACUAGCCUUUGGAGUUCCUGCAGCACUCAUGGCUGUUGCACUGGUUGUAUUCAUAAUUGGAAGCAGAAUGUACAAGAAAGUUCUACCUCAAGGCAAUAUAAUGGUCCGAGUUUCCAAAUGCAUUGCUUUUGCUGUUAGAAACAGGUUUCGACAUCGGAGCAAGCAAUUCCCCAAAAGAGAACACUGGUUGGACUGGGCUAGUGAAAAGUAUGACAACCGACUUAUUACUCAGACUAAGAUGGUCUUGAGGGUGCUUUUCCUGUACAUUCCUCUCCCCAUGUUCUGGGCACUCUUUGAUCAGCAGGGAUCGAGAUGGACAUUGCAAGCCACUACAAUGAACGGCGACUUUGGAGCUAUUCAGAUUCAGCCAGACCAAAUGCAGACUGUGAACCCAAUCCUGAUCAUUGUUAUGGUCCCAGUUGUAGAUACCGUGGUUUAUCCUUUAAUUAAAAAAUGCGGGAUCAAUUUCACGCCCCUGAGGAGAAUGACGGUUGGUAUGUUCCUAGCAGCUAUGGCAUUUGUUGCUGCUGCGUUGGUACAAGUGCAAAUAGAUAAAACUCUUCCAGUCUUCCCUGUAGCAGGGCAAACCCAAAUCAAAGUAAUAAAUUUAGAUACUGCUGAGGCGGAAGUAAACUUUGGACCUGGACUCCAUAAUGUGCAUUUACCAUCUCAAGGAGAAACUGAUUACUUCACGCUUGACACUGCCAGCUUAAAUGCAUUAACUGUUUCCUAUGGAAGUCGAAACAAAAGUAAGACUUUGACUGCUUUGGGACAAAAACGUUAUACUCUUGAAAUAAAAAAUAACACCAGGAAUAUCCUAGAUACAUUGGUCCUUGAUGACAUUUCAUCAAAGCCAGAAGAAGGAAAAAAUCUAAUCAGAUUUAUAAAUAACUUGCCUUCAACUGCCAACAUUACAAUGAAUAAUUUUAAUUUUGGAGAAGUUCAGGCUUGGUCUGCAAGCAAUUAUACAGCAUUCCAAAAAGGGACAAAAGAAGUUGUUGUUGUUACUAAUGGUUCAUCAAAAUGCCAACAACAAUCAAUGCCAUUUGGAUUUGGCAGUGCAUACACCAUUAUAAUUAAUGAAUGUGGCGGCAGUGGUUUAAAGAUGAGAUACAUAAAGGAUAUCCCUCCCAAUACAGUUCACAUGGCUUGGCAGAUCCCUCAGUACUUCCUUAUGACCUGUGGUGAAGUGGUCUUCUCCGUCACUGGACUGGAGUUUUCAUAUUCCCAGGCCCCUUCCAACAUGAAGUCAGUGUUGCAGGCAGGCUGGUUGCUGACUGUGGCUGUUGGUAACAUAAUUGUUCUUAUUGUGGCUGGAGCAUCAAAACUCGAACAGCAGUGGGCAGAAUAUGUGCUGUUUGCCGCUUUGCUAUUGGCAGUUUGCAUCAUUUUUGCCAUCAUGGGAUAUUUUUAUACCUAUGUGGAUCCUGCUGAGGUUGAAGCCCAACUUGAUGAGGAAGAGGCGAAGAAAAAGAAAGAGAUGGAGAUAGGAAAAGAAGGAACUGCGUAUGAAAAUGGAGCUAUUGCAAAAGUCUCUCAGACAGAAAUGUAAACGUGUAUUCACAGCUGAAUGAUGGAAGCUCUGGCAUUCUAUGAACUGCAGCUAUAGUAAGAGGAAUGGGAUAUUGCCAACCAUCAUUAGAUAGCUUUUUUUCAUGGUUUAGGGAGGGUGGGGUCAAGAAUGAGGUUCUCACAAAAUACAGGCCUUCCUUAGGAGUGAGAUCAGAAGCUCAGUCUUGUGCAGAGCACAGUACCCUGAGAAAUCUCCAGAAACUUGUUCCCAGCAGAAUUUGCACUUUUAAAAAUGAACCAGCAGCUUUAAAUCCCAAAGAACAAAAUACAGAAACUUUAUUCUUAGCAGUGUUGAAGAGGUACUAUGAAAAGAUGCAUUAUUUUUAUACUGUAUUUUUAAUGUUGUGAGAGGCAAGUAUUCUCAGGAAAUAUUCAUAAAAACCAAAGUGCCUGCAUGGGCCUUGUAGCCCCACUGUUACUCCAGAGCAGCAGGUCAGAUGAGUUUAGAAAUUUUUUUAUGGUGCCAUACAAAUGACAGAUGCAAAACAUGUAUAUUCAUUGUAUUCAUAGUCUUUCAAAAUAAAAUGCUGUACACGUUGUAUGUUACCAGUUAGUAUUAGUCCAACCUUUUUGUUCUCCACAUGCAUGUUAGCCAUCCGCUGCUUUUAAACUGAGGUGACCACCAACAAGAAGACAAAGGAGAAUGGCAUCUGAAAUAAAAUUUCUUGCAACAAAA